ACAAAAACGUACAUACACACACAGAGACACACAUGCACGCGCAAUCGUUACGUGUGAAAUUUCCUUAUCUUCCACUCCCCUUUCUCCACCCCCUCUCCGCGCAUUGUAUCCGCAUAUUUCUCUCCUCAAUUUCGAUCGACGUGCGAUUUGCGGACGGAAAAAGAGAAGAGCGUUUCCCUCGAUUUUCGACGCGCCAAUCAAUUCGGAAAAUGCGACUUUUCUUCGAACCGGACGUCGUGAGGUGGGGGAGAAGGAACAAGAGAGGGAAAGAGACUUCGCGCUACUUUUGCGAGAAAAAAAAAACCGGAUAGACGUAGGUCAAGGUUGUUCUCACGACGUUUUCGUCGUUACGGUUGACUUGUAUUUCAAAAGUAUUUUCGUUGAGACGAUCUCUCGCCGUGGGAGUUCGAGCAAAAUUAUUUACGGAUUUCGGGCGGGAAACGCGUGCGGUGUGUCACGCGCGUCUUUUCUCUCGGUUAACAAACAAGAAACAAAAUUAGAGCAAAAUUUCCGGGCUUUGAAAUUGAAAAAAACAAAAAAAAAUUACUCGAAAUUGUAUAACUUGAUGAUUGUUGUCGAGAACACAGGCGUUUCUAAGCGAUCGAGAGAUAAAUAAUCGUGGGGGAUUAUCGUCUCUGGAAAUUUUUCUGACUCAUCGAUUGCGCGCGUGUUAACACACACACACACAUGUCUCCUGUCCUCGCAAUUACACGUGACAAUCGGCGCGUACAAAGUAGAACGGAAAAAGUAUGACACUGACCCUCUUCGAGUUUUCUUCCUUCUCUUCUCGCGCGUGUUGAUUGGCAAAUGAGUUUUUUGUGAUUCGGGGGACAACAAUUUGUCUUUUAGUUUUGAAGAUAAUUGGAAAUUGCCGCAAUUACACUUAAUGUUCACCUUUUAACGUUCACCUGACGUUAAACGUGUAAGAGUCAUCAGGCGGAAUUGCGUCAAUUUGCGGAAUUAUCUUAGAAGAGGAGAUAAAUUGUUGUCCGAAUUGGAACUUCAUUUAUCAACGCAUACAGAGUAUCUUAUCCGUCGCUCUUUGCUUUCUCGUGUUUUUUUUUUUUUUUUUUUUCCGAUAACUCGCGUUUGCUUGUUGAGAACAUUUAUCAGUCUGUGGAAUGUUUGAAAUUGAUCGGCGAUAAGACGACGCGCGAGUGACAAGAGCAUCGAGACACAAUCCCGGACGAGAGAGAAUCAAUUAAAUCUAGACAAUCUUUUUUUGCCGCUUCAAAAUCUUGGAAAUUUAAGCUUCGUCGAUCAAUUAUAGUCUCGCGUAUUAUCUUCAUUAAAAGAAACGUAAUUUCUUAUUUAACGAGAAAGUUUUCUACGAAUGUCAAUUUAAUUUUUCUUAUUAGCACGCGGUAGUUUUUUUUUUCUCGGAGACAAAGCGCGGCAAAUCUGAGUCACUCUGUGAUGCGAGACUCCUAUGUUGGACAGUCAUCAAAUACCCUCACAGUGUUUUCCCUUUCUUUCUUUGCACAUGAGACUUGCGCGACAUGUUACAACGCUUACCCACGCACUUACAAACGAAAAGAGAGAAAGAACGAGACGUAGAAAACAAACUUCUUCAUUGAACGUCAGGAAAAACGUCGUCACGCGAAGAACUUUUGGAUUUAUUGAUGUUCCUGUUGUGACGUCACGCACACACAUCGGCUUUAAAAAAAUCGACAAUGCUGUUGCUGCUGCUGCUGCUGCGACGACGACAACAACAAUGUUGAAAAUUACUGAUAACGAUGAUCUGGAGGACGGAGAGAUUCCAUCGGACGAGGACGACGAGCCGGUCAGCUGUGUGGUCACCAAUAACGUGCCGGAAGCGACGAAAUCGCCGCCGUUGAAAUGCGACUCAACGAAGACCAAGGAAUUCGAUGUGAAAUUCAACAAGAACAAAAAGCAGCAGCAGUCACCGCAAGCAGCUAAUAAGCAUGAUCGGUUUCUUAAAUACAAUGAUCCGAGUGAGGAUUGGGCUGCGGACGUGGAGAAGGCCAUCAAGGCCGCGAUGCAGGAGGACGGAGGGAGAAAUCAGGAGACCAAGAAGAACAAGAACAACAGGAACAAGAUUCGAAAAAGAGCGCGAGAGGAGCGAGAGGACGAGCGCGCUAAGGAUCAGAAGAAACAAAAAGUGAGCGAGGAGGAGAAUCCCAACGACGAUGAGGACGAAAUGUUGUUCGUACGAGGCGCCUCGCCCGUCAGAAAGGACUCUCAAGAGAGAGACAGUCCUCCCAAACACGCCAAUGAACAUGAAAAUUUCGAGGGUGUUUCGGAUCACGAGGAAAAACCGAAUGUAAACCGACAUAAAGAGAAUGAAAACAACAAACGCGGCAACGUGCGAAGCGGAGGAGGUGGUGGAAGCGGAGGACGCCGCGGUGGCAAAAACGAACGCGGCAAGAACAAAAAUCGAAACCAAGGACGGAACGAUCGGAACAAUCGUCGUCAACAGAACAACGAUCAUUCGGAACCGGAUCAGAUCUGUGUGUAUUAUAUGCAGGGAAAGUGUCACAGAGGCGAAGACUGUCCGUUCUCGCACAAUGCUUUGCCGCCCCGCAAGAUGGAACUGUGCAAGUUCUAUCUUAUGGAUUGUUGCGCGAAGAGAGACAAGUGUCUCUAUAUGCAUCACGAUUUUCCCUGCAAGUUCUUCCACACCGGCGUCAAGUGCGUUCAGGGCGACAAUUGCAAAUUCUCGCAUAAGCCUCUAAACGAUCAGGUGAAAAAUAUCCUUUUGAAGCAUUUGGAAACCGCGCCGAAGGAAAUUCUCGGUGAUUUUCCGAGAUUAAGUCGAGAAAGUGCAAUGUUGAUGAUAAAUAAUACCGCGCGUUCUCUUGCCCAAGGCCAGGAUGCAGCGAACCAAAAGAUCCCUAGCCUUUUCGAAUUGAAGGUAUCGGAACCCAUUGAAAACCUCGAAGAGAAAGAAGAGAAAGAAGAACAAAUGAAUCAACACAAAGGUAACGCGAGAGAGAGAAAGCCUUCGGGAAAGAAAACACGAUGGGGAUCAGAUGAGGAUAGAGUUCCCUACGAGCAGAUUAUGCUGUUACAAUCGGCGAACAAACUUGGUCUUCAGCUUCCGAAUGCCGCGUUAGGCUUAGCCACGCAGCAGCACAAGCAGUCGCAAGAUGUUCCGAAUUUUUACACCGAGAGAAAUGCCGAAUCGAAUGUACAUAAAACGGCAGAUGAUUUCACGAAAGACGUGGGAGAAGAGAACAUGGAAACCGAGAGAAAAGAUAUCGAUUUGAGACAAUUGCUUAAUAAAAAGAAAUCGUCGGCGAUGUCAACUUACUAUCGUCUAGCCGAGAAAAUGGUGGAUCUUCCAAAACCUACUGAUGAGGAAAGCGACCAAGACGACGAAUCAAAUCUUGUUAUUGAAAUGCCAGUGGAAGAUGAGGAUAAGGAGAAAGGAAAACAUCACAGUAGCGAUUCAAAUGAAGUCCACAACGUGUACUUCUCUACCGCUGACGAGGCAGAAACGGCGCCGCCUAAUCUACCGAAGAAGGCACAGGAGUUGUUUAUGCGGAUACAGCAACAACAACGUGCGGCUCAGGACAGUUUUAAGAACCUCGAGAGUGAUUCUACUGCACGUCGCACUGAUCAGAUUGUCGAGGAUUGGUACUCAGACGAUGAGGACGACGAUGACGACGAAGGAGGCGGUCUCACUAUAGUGGACAGUUCAAAGGAUGAUGUCGAGAUGGCUGAACCCGUCGUCAAGACCGAAAACGAAUCCACGCCACCUUCCAAUAUUCCGCAGCCGGCUGCCAUUGUAGACAAAUUGGGCGAUCUCAGUAAAAUUGACAUCAGUGCCGAAGUCUCUAAGUUGCUCUCCACUCUGAAAGCUCAAAGUUCCACAACCAGCAGCAAGACACAGACGUCAAAGGCCAAGUCGCCUUCCAGAACGGACGGCGAGACGUCGUCGAGUCCGAGGCAACAGUCACCAGGUCCGACUCCGGUCGCCAUGCCUGUGUCCCGAGAUCCGCGGAUGUCCAGCAGGGAUCCUAGGCAGCGUCGAGAAACCGAACAGAAGCCGAGCAGUCCGAGCAUAGUCGAGGCUAAAAAGGAGAAACCUCUCAGGUUAGAGACUAGCAUCUACAGCUCCGGAAUUACCGCAAUGGACGCGAAUAUGGACACUGAUCUUAGGACAAAGGCGGACCAGGAUCUCAGACGACAAGACAUGGACUUCCGGCAGCGUUUUCACACCAGUGACUUCGGUGACACGGAUCUUCGCGUGAAAUCGGACGUUGAUCUGCGACAAAUAUUGAGCUUGCCAUUCAAGCCAGCGCCGUCGCACGUACCGUGCACCGAGAUCGACGCGAGUAUCGCGUCGCAUCCUCCAAUGGCAUACAGUCUCUAUGUAGUCGACAUACCCAGGCCUGAUUACACCGGUCUCAAAUUGUCGAAAAACGACGCGCAAGUGAAAUACGAUCCGCGAUUGCGCAAGAUCUUUCGUAUCUCUAAACCGGAGCAGGUGGCCGACUCUCCGAUGUCACCACCGCCGCAACAGAUGAAACAGGAAAUCCCGAAAUCGCCGCCGCAAUGCAUUCGCUCGGAUCCGCGACGGAAAACGCUGGAAGCAGCGGCCGCUUCCAGUCAGCAAGCGUCGCAGAGCGUGAUGAGCGCUUCCAUGAUGUCCAAAGGACCAAUGCAGUCGAUGGAAACAAUGGGACCUUCCAUGGGCAUGCAGAUGGGACCUACUGGUAUACCCGGAAAUAUUCCCGGCCCUCCCCAGAUGAUGGGACCGAUGGGUCCGAAUCAUCCAAUGGGCAUGAGUAACAUGGGUCCGAUGAACCACCCGAUGGGGCCUAUGAUGAACGCGGGUCCGAUGCCGUCGAUGGGCAUGCCGCCCAACGCGCCGAUAGGAAUGAACGGACCGGUCGCGAUGCCGCCCCAGAGUCAGAUGAACUUCGAUCCGCGUUUCAACGUGCAACGUAACAACGGAGCCGGGCUGUUGGGUCCCGCGCCUGGUGCUUUCGGUCCGGAUCCUCCGUUUGAAGGUGGGGGAACGUCGUAUCCCAGCGGUGGCAACUUCAGCAAUUUCGGACCCGGUGGCAGCGGCGGACCCGGUGAUCCGGGCAUGAUGGGUUUCAAUCCGAACGCGUCUAACGGUCCGAACUUUGGCCCGAUGGCCGGGGACGGUCCCGAUUGGGGCACUGGCGGCAACAGACGUGGCAAUCGUAUUCGCCGACGGAAUCGCAAUAGAACCAAUAUGGUCACGAAUUGAAAAAAAACGUUCGAAAAGACAAACCAAAAAGAAACGGAAUUAGGCACACAAGACUGAGGUACCUGACGAAAAUUCUCAUACGAGCGAUCAGGUAGUCAGAUGACGUUGCACGAUAACAAGCAUAAUAUACAAGCAAUACAUUCGAUCACGAUAAUUAGGGAAAGAAGAAUUCUUCCGAAUUCGAUCGCAACUGAUUUCGAUAUGACGUCGAGAUCCGUUCUUUACAUAAAGUUAGGUCUGAAGUUUAUAUUAUAUAAUCGUUGAAGAUUUAUUCAUAUAUAAAUAUUUAUAUGUAAAUAUAUAAAUGAAGAACU